AUGUCUUAUGCAAACCCAUUCUCAUAUCUUGGUGGCGGGACUACCAACGCAUCAAGCUCUGGUCCAGUACCUCAAACAAGACUGAAUCCGGAGCUGAGAAACAAUAUAGCGCAAGCGGGCUCCUCGAGUAGAGAUCCAUCAGAAGGUAGGAGCAACGUUCGGAACAGGAGACCAACCACUUCUCGGAUUGGAAGUAACAUCCAUACGCUGAAACACGAUGAAGAAGACACUCCGUUUGGCGACGGAAACGCGUUCUGGAAUGGAAACUCCACACAUUACGGAGGUGGAAACGGUGGAGACAGUAAUGAUAGGCGAUGA